AUGGAUAGAAUCAGCGUGGAUGAUCAACAACCGAUUGAUAAUAAUGAGGAUUUAAAUGCUUUUACAAAUGAAUUUAUAAAAGCUGAAACUAGUAGCCAUGGAUUUGAGACUGAAACUAACAUUCAACUUAAUGUUGUUGUAGUGGACAAUAAUACUAAAAGCUGUCUUAUUGUUCAAUGCUUAUUUGAAGAUGAAACUAUUGAAAAUUAUAAAUGGUUUCUUGGUUUUAUUCUUCAAGCGACUAAUAGUAUUUCACCAGCAAGGUGUUACCAAUUCAGAUAUUUCACAGCUGGUAUUCAAAGUACACAAAGAGUUAAAGUUAUAAACUAUUUAAUUAAAGAAGCCACUAAUAGUACAACAUCACUGUGUAAUUUACAAUAUCAAGCUCAAAAAAUAUUAGAUAAUAAGGCCAAGUGA